AUGGAGAAGCCAGCUUUGCAGGACCCCUUUGCCAGCAGCGUGGCCACCUCAGUGCGGACGGCCUCAUACCACUCACAGCCGUCCGAUAGACAGCAGGGCCGGCGGCAGCAGUUCAAGUCAUACCGACUCAACGGCGAGUAUGAGCGGCCGUGGCUGGGGGACAGCCGUCUGAAGCGCUCGCGCGUUGGCUCCUACAUCAUCUGGGGGCUUAUCGGCCUGGGGCUGGCUCUCAGUGCGUACAUCAACUUCACCGUCACGCAGAAGGUGUCGAAGCACCAGUAUUGCCUGAUACUGGACGACCAGUUUUCGUCUCUCAAUGAAGACACAUGGAACCGCGAGAUCGGGGGAUUCGGGACAGGCGCCUUUGACUGGACCACGACGGACGAGAAGAACGUGUUUGUCGACAGUGAAGGCCUGCAUAUCGUCCCUACACUGACCACAGAGUCAACCUCCAUUACCCCUGAGCAGCUGGUAGAUGGCUACACGCUCAACCUGACUGCGACCGGCGGUGACGGUUCCUGCACAGGGAAGACCAAUGCUGCCUGCUCGAUACGCUCGAACAAGACGACGGGGGCCAUCAUUCCGCCUGUCCGGUCGGCGCGAUUGAACACCCUGGGGAAGAAGAGCAUCCGCUACGGGCGAGUGGAGGUCGUGGCGAAGAUGCCGCGCGGAGACUGGCUGUGGCCCGCUAUCUGGAUGCUGCCGGUCAACGAGACAUACGGCCCCUGGCCCUCGAGCGGCGAGAUCGACCUCGUCGAGACCCGUGGAAACGACGUCGACUAUCCCGCUGGCGGCAGAGACGUCAUGUCCAGUUCCUUGCACUGGGGCCCAACACCGGAGACGGACUCGUUCUGGCGGUCGACCAGGGGCCGCGAGCUGCGGCGAACCGACUUCUCCAAGGGCUUCCACACCUUCGGCAUCGAAUGGUCGAAGGACUACCUGUUCACCUAUAUCGACAGCCCGCUGCAGCAGGUCCUCUUCUGGAGCUUCAACAAGGACCAGACGAUGUGGCAGCGAGGCCACUACGAGGGUGUCACCGUCAACUCCUCGCUGGUCAGAGACCCCUGGUCCCAGACCGGCAAUUCAAACACUCCCUUCGACCAGCCCUUCUUCCUCAUCCUCAACGUCGCCGUGGGCAGCACAAACGGCUGGUUCCCAGACGGCAAGGGAGGCAAGCCUUGGACCGACGUCGGCCGGGCUUCCUCGGACUUUUAUUCCAGCCUGGACAAGUUCUACCCAUCAUGGCCCAAGGACAACAGCCGUGGCAUGACCGUCAAGUCGGUGAAGAUGUGGCAGGAGGGAGCCUGUGGCUGA